CUCCCCUUUCACACACCCCUCUCUCUUACAAAAAAAAAAAAAAAUAAUAAUAAUAAAUGUGGCUAAAACUCUUCACCGUCUUUUUGGUUUUACAGUCGUCGUUCCUCCUGCAUGGCGUCGUUGCCCAAACCGGACCACCGCGGCCGAACCCCACUAUCACGAGGAUUCGACCAAGGCCGUCCCUGAUCCCACCGGGCGUCAAGCUAAUGCCCCGGCGCCCAAAUAACAACCCGGGACCUCUAGCCAACCGAGCCAGAAUCCUAUACAUAACUCAAGAGCUAAAAAGAAACAUCACCUACGACCCUAAAGGGUACACCAAAACAUGGGUUGGCAACAAUUACUGCCUCUUCAAAGGCUUCUUCUGCGACGUGGUUCCUGAUCUUAACAUCACUGGCCUAUCCUCCAUUGACUUCAGUGGCGCUAGAUUUGGUGGCCCUUUCUUGAACUUCUAUCGUUUCAUUCGUAAUUUGCCGGACAUUGCUCUUUUUCAUGCCAAUUCCAACAACUUCACUGGCGUUAUUAACCGCAACAUCAACAAAUUACGGUUCUUAUACGAGUUGGAUUUGAGUAACAAUAAGUUCCUUGGUGGGUUCCCUGGAUACGUCCUUGGAGCUAAUAAAUUGUCGUUUGUGGACUUCCGUUUCAAUACUUAUAACGGGUCGGUUCCGUAUCGGUUGUUUAAUAUUGAUACGGAUGUGUUGUUCAUUAACAAUAAUGGGUUCGGUGGAAGGAUCCCGCAAGCCACCUUCGGUAACACGCCCGCGCUUUACAUCACACUUGCUAACAACAAGUUUACAGGUCCAAUCCCUCCAACCAUCGGGCGAGCUUGGAGAACUCUUCGGGAAGUAUUAUUCUUAAAAAACAAACUCUCAGGUUGUUUGCCAUUCGAGAUAGGUUAUUUGGUAAAAGCCACAGUAUUCGACGCCAACACCAACAUCUUAACAGGUCCAAUCCCGCAAUCUUUCGGCUGCUUAUUUAGCCUCCAGAUUCUAAACUUGGCCAACAACCAGUUCUACGGACCCAUCCCAGAAUCCCUCUGUAGGCUUCCAGAUAUCUACAACAUCACUCUAAGCAACAAUUACUUCACAAGAAUCGGCCCACAGUGCCGAAAAUUAGUCACAGCCCAAAGGCUCCACGUACAAGGCAACUGCAUUCCGGGCUUCCGAUUGCAAAAAACACAAGCCCAAUGCGCCACGUUCUUUGCCAAGCCCAGGAGCUGCCCUCGAGCCAACACGUUCAACUAUGUCCCAUGUACACUUCCCACGGCGGCGCAACUCAAUGCGGCUGCUGUUACUUCUGUGGAGAAUAUGGUUCCUCCUUCACCACGCUCCUAUGCGGCGCUUGAAAGGCCUCAUCCGCACCAUUGAUUGUUUACUACUACUACUUUUUCUUUUAUUUUCCUUGGUGCCUCCUCCAAUAAAAUUACGAUGAUUAAGAUUUGGGUUUGUGAUUUCUACGUUUUAUUUGUUUUAUAUUUUUAUUUUCUUGCUGCGUUUGAUGCCCAAUGUCACAAUGUGCAUUAUCCUUUUUAAGUUUUAACAUAUUCUGUAAUUGAGUGUUUAGUUUGAUGGUUUGAUGUUAAUGGAAAAUAUGGUUGUCUGUCUUCUUUUA